GGCAGAUAAUCGGUACUGUCGACAAUGCCGAAGGGAUCUAUUUGCAAUCGUUCGGCGAAUAAAAAAGCGAAUGGAAUGUUCUUCAUCGUUCUGUGCAUCCUUACAAUAUUGCUCGACACUGCAGCCUCUCGUCGGAUAGACAACGUGAUCCUACAAUUUAUCGCCGAUGCGACGCCUAUUUUAUUCUCGCCGUCGAGGAUAUCUUUACAUACAUGCAUCAGCUGUGAUGACACGAUUAAAUUAUCGAGAGAAAUGUCAAACUACCGUUUGAUUCAUGGUAUCCAUAAUUUCGUCGAGGAUCUCGAAGAGAGAAUUUACGACAAUUUAGAACAUCGAAAUCUUUACAUGCUGGACCUGGACUGCGAUUAUGCCAUCGACAUUUUACGACAGGCGCAUUCGAAGAGAAUGUUCAUCGCCCCGACGAAGUGGCUACUUCUUCAAGAUCGAAGAACGAUAAUCGAUAACACCAACAUAACUUCCACGUAUGACAACUCGAUACUGGACGUCUUUAAGGAUCUAGCUGUCUAUCCUGACAGUGACGUGGUCCUCGCUCGAAGAUUCGACAGUGACUUUCUUCAUCUGAUGUCCGUGUACAGACCGAGUCCACAACGAGCAGUGAUAUGGGAGAAUCGCGGGAAUUGGACAGUCAAGAACGGUUUACGAAUGAGUACUUUCGACGGGUCUCCGACACGGAGAAGGAAUCUUCAACAGACGGCUCUUAAAUCCUGUCUCGUGAUAACAAAUCCUGACACGAUCAAUCACUUGACUGAUUUUAUGUAUAAAUUAGUAGAUCCUAUGGCGAAGAUUAAUUAUGUCUGGGUACACCAUUUAGUGAACCGCAUGAACGCAACGGUAAAGUUCAAUGUUGUAAACCACUUUGGACACAACAACAAUGGAACUUGGGACGGGAUGAUCGGGAUGCUACAACGACGCGAGAUCGAUAUUGGCUUCACUGCGUUUAUGCUGCCCGAUCGCUUGACUAUAGUGCAAUUCAUUCAACUGUACAUACGCUCUAGUGUGUGUUUCGUAUUUCGACGGCCGCUACUGUCGACCGUGAAAAAUAUCUUCACCUUGCCCUUUCAACGAAAUGUCUGGAUUGCGACUGCUAUAUUUCUUGUUCUCGUCUUCUGCUUGUUAUACAUAUCUAUGAAAUGGGAACAUUAUCGAGGCACUUCGAAAAGAUCGGCAGCUUACUGGAAUCAAAUAAAAGUCAGCGAACCAACGGCUGUCGAUGGUCUUCUCCUCCUUUUAGGCGCAUUUGCGCAACAAGGGUAUUCGUAUGAGCCAUACAGAAUCUCAUCUCGCAUCGUCACUCUUAUGUUAUUGCUGACCUCACUGAGCCUUUAUGCGGCUUACACGGCAAAUAUUGUGGCUCUUUUGCAGUCUACCACGGACUCAAUCAAAACCCUUUCCGAUCUCCUAUACAGUCCGUUAAUUCUCGGAGGACAGAACGUAUCAUACAACCGAUAUCUUAUGAAGAAUUUUCAAGGUUCUGUCAGAAAGGCGAUUCUGCAGAAAAUCGAAAGCAAAUCGAACUGGAUGAGCCUGGAGGAAGGGGUACGCCGCAUAGGAAGCGAGUCUUUCGCGUUUCAUGGUUCACGAAACUUGAUAUACAGCCUUAUACAGAGCACGUAUCAGGAAGAGAAGAAGUGUGGUCUAACUGAGAUCGAUUAUGUGAUCGCAAUAAACCCGCUUCUUUCAAUAGCAAAGCAAUCGCCUUAUUCGGAAAUAAUAAAAAAUGGAGCUUUGAAACUGCGAGAAUAUGGACUCAUGUAUCGCGACGAGUAUCGUUUGUACACAAGAAAGCCAACGUGCUCGAGUCAGACUAGCUUCAUCAACAUCGGUUUCACGGAAUGCUACUUCGCGAUAGUCGUAAUGGGCUACGGAACGCUACUUAGCGUAAUCGUGUUUGCACUUGAGUUGUUGUGGCACAAAAGGCAAAGUACGAAUAUGCUAGAAGAAACAGUACCAACUGUGGCAGAAGAAACGGAUCUUGGGACCGCCAAAUACAUGACUAGACUAUUGCGAAAAUUCACUCACGUUCCGGAAAUGUCGCUGUUCAAGACAAAAGAAUGGUGGAGAACGCAGUGCGGAGUGAACGAGUCUUUCGACAGACAGAGCUUGCUGGUCACGCCGUUUUUCGGUGCCGACCGGAAGGACGUCGUCGUCGUCGGCAGCCACAGCGGCUACCUCCGGAUAUAUAGCCCGUCCUCGCAGUGGAUAGACGAGACCAAGUCGCCGAGCGGCUACAAGUCCUCAGACCUGGUCGUCGAGGCGCAAAUCGGCGACUGUAUCGUCGACACGAAGGCGGGAAAAUUCGUCUCAGGCUCGCAAGAUACUCGACUCGCGAUACUGACAUCAAAGAAACUCGUCAUUUACAGCAUAAUUUUGAGCCAGGGCUCCGUUGAGCAUGGGGACCACUGCGGCUUGGAAAUCGCUUACGAGCAUUUGCUGCCGCGAUUUCCGGCGUCCCUGACGACGGGACCGUUCGGCGGCGUGCGGGGCCGGGACUUCCUCUGCGUUCAGUGCCUAGACGGCACGCUUCUCUUCUACGAGCAAGAGACUCCCACCUUCAGCCUGGUUCUCGGGAAUCGGCUGCUGCCGGAGCCGAUCGUCUACGUUUCGCGGAACGACAUCUUCGUGACGCCGAGCUCCGCGUGGAUCCUCGAAUGCUACAGGUAUAAAAGCAUGGCGGAAUUUGGCAGCAAGGAUCGCUCGGAGGAACCGAGGAAACUAGAACCGGACUGGAGUUACAAUAUCGGGGAAGCCGUUCUCGAUAUCGACGCCGUUACCUUGAGCAGCUUCGAGGUCGGGAUUCUCAUACUCGGCGAGAAGAAUCUGUACUGUCUGAAAGACAAUUGCGUCACUCUGAAAUACGCGAAAAGACUCGAAUACAAGGCACUCUGCUUUCAUGCUUACGUGAUAGAACCGGAUGGCAAGCUGAUGGUGCUCGUAAUCGCUGACACGAACACCCUGAUGAUUUACGAGGGCACGACUCUUAAGUGGUCAGCUCAGCUGCCUUUUACUCCGGUCGCCGUAACUCGAGCGCAUUUUCAGCACUUAGACGGAGCGAUCGUCGCUCUCUCCGAAGAGGGCCAGCUAGAGGUUUGCUACUUGGGCUCGGAGCCGUCGUUAUUCAUCGCGCCUCCUCUGCAUCGGCGCGGUUACGAUUACGUAGCCGCCGAAGAUGAGCUCACGGAGCUCCGCAAGUUGGCGAAGAGAAAUAAGGCUUCCGGCAAUCAACUCAGUGACGUUACCAUGGACGCCGAGCUGAUAAUAUCCGUGACUGUGUCCGCGGAUCUCGAGCCCUGUCCACGCGGAAACCAGGACGACUCGGAGGGUCGUAAUUUAAUGUGCAGGAUCACCAUAGAAUUGUCCACGUACACGACGCUACGCGACGUUCAAGUGUGCGUGGACGUCUCCAAGCCGUUCGUCGCCGAGAAGGAUUGCCACGUUAUUACCAAUCUUUGUGACCGGCACGUUCUGCGCACGAUGAUCUACCCGACGACGGAUCUGCCGGCGAUGUCGUCGGACGUGAGAAUCACGGCGAGCUACGAGACGGCAGAUCGUGGGAGCCUGAUGCGCGUACUUCAGAAGACGGCCCAACUGCCCCUGAAGAUGAUGCUGAGGGCCUGCCCACCCGAGAACACGUCCACCUUCACAGCGACCAUCAAGUGCAGCGAGCCCCUCGUGGCUUUUAGCCAGCUGUUUCCCGAGUUUACAGGAGACAUACAGAGGCAAAAUUGGAACGUGCUUGGCUUGCAGCACGUGCAAACUGGCAGCGUGGUGACAAUCGUUUCCGGCGCAACCAGCAAUCGAUACCGAGUGCAGUCAAACGACGGGCUUUCAAUGGCCUUGGUGGUUCAGCAGCUGGUGAACAGGCUUAAAGACAAGGCCACCGGAAAUUUUACGACCGCCAUUGCGCAAAACCACAUACAGCUGGUCCAGUCUCAGAUGGAGGUGCACUAUCAUAGUCGACAAAAGGCGGACAAAAUCGCGAGUGAGAUCGGGCUGUUGUCGACCCAGUUGAGAAACAUCGAGAGGAGGAUGCUGCGCGUUGUGAGGGAGCGGAACACUCGGUCUCUGGCCGCGACUGGACUGCCGUUCCUGUUGGAGUCGACCUAUCGCGCGAUCUUCGCGCUUCUGGAUGAUCUCGCGAUCGCACGAACGGAACGGGAACGCGCCGGCCACGGUCUGCGGUGCGUCGUGAGGUUACUGCUCCUGCUGUUGCGGCUCAAUGUAAACGACGAUAAGUACGCGAUGCUCGAAGCCGCGAUCGGAUUCGAGCCGCAGCUGCGCGACGAGCUCGACUGGGAAGAGAUCGCCGAUGUCAGCCUGAGCGCUUUUCUACGGUCCACGUCGAGAAAGGGCACGAGUCACCUGGACGCGAAGCCCGCGUCCACGUUAAGCAAAAUGACGUCCGCUAAAGAAUUCGCGAAGUUGAAGAAACGUCUGGUACACGCGAUUGAACGCCUCGACAGCUGCCGAGAAGCCGACAUGGUCGAGAACGAACAAUUGGAAGCUGGUGCUUCUUCUUAAAAAUCGUCACAAUCUAUCUUCUGCAAAUCUUCGAACGUAUUCUUUCAAAAGCAGCGAACAAGUCAUUUAGAAUGUAAAAUUAAAUUUUUCAUCGGAAUUUAUGAUCGAGAUAAUUAAAAAACUUAUCGUAAAAAUGUGACAGGUUCCCUUAACUCUUUUGUCGCGCAAAUUUCUUAACGUGACAAAGGAAGAAAGAAAGCAAAAAAAAAUAGAAUCUGAAUUCUGUCAGGCGAGCUCCCAAGAUUCGUCGACAGAUGAUCGAUCGUUUCAGCAUCCUUAAUAAGAUCUCGAGGAAUAUUAUCGUGCGUACUGGGCGUAGCUUGGCGCCGUUGCGUGUGCAUAUAUAUAUAUAUAUAUAUAUAUAUAUAUAUAUAUAUAUCGAUACGCUACGCAGGUGCAAUACACGCGUAUUUAUGCAUGGAUACGCCAAGUCGGACAGGCGCGGUUUUACGUAAGUCCAUACACGCGCCGGCGCGCGGCGCGCUGCGGCGAUAAUUUUAUUCCACCGCCUGCGGCAUAUUAUUGAAAUAGGCGAAGUCGAACAGCGUAACGUAUAGUUUGAGUGAUUCACUAGCUGGCGCCACGAUUCCGCUUUUUCGAGGCUAAUUAAUGGGAAGAAUGUACGGAGACGGGAGGGUAUAUGUGUUUAACUUGACGGGACCAAUAACAGCCACGCGCUUUGUUCGCGAUAAUUUUCCUACGAGAGCGUUCUCUGUGUAAUGUUAUGCAAAGUGCUUGCCCCGCGUAGAAUGGAAAGGAUCGUAAGAAUUUUUCAUCCCGAGCCGCGCGCGCGCGCGCGCACACACGCUAUUCGAUAUCCCGCCGCGACAAUAAAGAGACGCGUAACUUAUCGAACGAUUACUAGCGUUGUUACUAGCAGAACAGCUGCGCUUCUGUUGAUUCUUCCGUUAUCGAGGAUUGUAAUGAAAUCAAUAAAUUCCCAGAAUAUUAAAUCAAUAAAUCCUGUCUGAAAUA